GGCACUACUCGAGUCUCUCCGUCUCCGUCUGUCUCCCUCUGCGGGGGUUAUUCCUUGGAUGCUGGAGAAGGCAUCGUUGCCAGAACCAGAGCACCCCAACGCUCUCUCCUAUUAUUCUCUCUACCUAGAACGCCACGCUCUUCCCCGUGAAUAUAUUCUCCUUCCCCUUCCCCCCCUGCGUUCCCUCCUCUGUUCUGUUCACUCCAUUCUCCACUUAGCUUGCUCUCAGGCCGCUUCCUCCGGCAGAAACAAGCGGGGAACCGCAUACUCCAGAUAUGGACGAUGAGUAUGCUAAGCUCAUCAGAAGAAUGAACCCACCCAGAGUUGUUAUUGACAACAAGUCUUGCGAGGAUGCCACUGUAAUACAGGUUGACAGUGUCAACAAACACGGAAUUCUCCUAGAAGUCGUCCAAGUGCUCAUAGAUAUGAAUCUUACAAUUACUAAAGCUUAUAUAUCAUCUGAUGGAGGAUGGUUCAUGGAUGUUUUUAACGUGAUUGAUUGUGACGGGAAGAAAAUCAAGGAGAAGGAAGUCAUCGAGUACAUUAAGACGAGACUUGAAAGCAACGCAAGCUUUUCCCUCUCAUUCAGAGAGUGCGUAGGGUUUAUGCCCUCUAAUGAGCACACCUCAAUCGAACUCUCUGGUACCGACCGGCCUGGUCUGUUGUCUGAAGUGUGUGCUGUUCUUGCAGACCUUCACUGCAAUGUAGUAAAUGCUGAGAUAUGGACACACAAUUCUAGGGCUGCAGCUGUUGUUCAUGUCACUGAUGAUUCCACCGGGUGUGCUAUCAAAGAUCCAAAUCGUCUCGCUACAAUAAGGGACCUUCUUUGUAAUGUUCUUAGAGGGAAUGGUGCUGUUAACACAGCCAAGAUGACACUUUCACCGCCUGGGGUGACUAACAGGGAGAGGAGGUUACAUCAGAUUAUGUUUGCGGAUAGAGACUAUGAAAGGGUUGAUAAAGAAGAGAUUGGGAGGAUGCAUGAUAAGAGCACGAGACCCUUUGUAACAGUGAUGGAUUGUUACGAGAAAGAUUAUACCAUUGUGACCAUGAGGUCUAAAGAUCGACCAAAGCUACUGUUUGAUAUUGUUUGCACAUUGACAGACAUGCAGUAUGUAGUCUUUCAUGGAAUGGUCAACACCGGGAGGAAAGAAGCUUAUCAGGAAUUCUACAUCCGACAUGUCGAUGGGCUGCCCAUAGGCUCAGAAGCUGAACGGGAAAGGAUCACACAAGGUCUUGAAGCAGCUAUUGAAAGGCGGGCAUAUGAGGGUUUGGAACUGGAAUUGUGUGCCGAGGACCGGGUUGGACUCCUCUCGGACAUCACUAGGGUGUUCCGGGAGAAUGGUUUGUGCAUAAAAAGAGCUGAGAUUUCAACUAAAGACGGGAAAGCCAAAGACACGUUUUAUGUAUCUGAUGUCACGGGUAGCCCUGUGGACCUCAGGAUCAUUGAUUCGAUCCGUCGUCAAAUUGGACCGUCCGUGUUGCAGGUGAAGCACAAUCCGCUUCUCUCGCCUAAACAACCUCAGGGAACUACUGCCGGUUUCCUCUUUGGCAACUUCUUCAGAACAAGGAACUUCCAGAACUUCAAGUUGGUUAGAUCGGCCUCGUGAAUGGCUCACCACGUGAUCCCACAAGUAGACACUGUACAGAAGACCUGAGUAUUUCAACCCCUCAAAACAUACGUGAAAUCAUGAAUACUGUGAAUACUAAAUAGGUGUACGUCUGGACCAAUUGAUGAUGGGGGUAUAGCUCUCCGCAAUUCGACUGUGUACAUAGGAAGAUUCCAAUGACCACCAUCUGCACUGUUGUGGUGGUUUCUUUUGUAAAUCUUUACUUCCUGUAAGUAAGAUAGUGUACAGGCUGAUGUUGUACAUCUGCUGUGUACAAAGCUGUGAAAAGUAUCGUUAGAUCAAUGAGAUAGUCUGUGAAUAUUGUGUAUAAACCCCCAUACUCUCUGCUUUCA